AUGCCUUCUGUCGAGCACUUCGCUGCCUUAAUCGAGUUCGAUGACCCGAACUUGACCACUUCUUUCGUACUUCCGUCCUUAAUUCCAGUUGUAUUGCCCAAGUCAGUUCAAACGUUCUGGUUCAAGCAAUAUCAUAAAACUAUAUUCAGGCCACUGGUACCAUCUGAUGAAUUGCAAGGCGUCGAAGCAGUCCCUCGCAAUGAAGCUAGCAGGACACUCACUUUAAAUGCAACAGUUUUAGCCUAUGAUCAAAGUAAUCCUAUGGCGGGUCCCGCUGUGCAUACGAACCAACAACAUAGCUACAGCAGAGCAAACAUCGGAAACGAUUUCGUGGAUAUUUACGGAGCCUCGACUGCAAACUUUCUGAACACUGCGUUUCCUAUGCCAGUGGCACCACCGGACGGAGGAUUGUCUCAUAAAGAAGGGGCGCUGGUGCAAGCGGAGCCUGGCAUGAACAAGUACGGUAACAGUCGCGAAAUCUAUGACCAUCUCUUGGCACGCGAAACGAAUUCAACGGCCCUAGAGAACUUGGAACAAAACGAUCAUCAUGCGAAGGAACAUCAAGUUAAAUCAGAACCCCAAUCUAUAUCCUCCGCCUUACGCUUCCAACGUCAAGCUCGUCGUCAAAGCCCAUAUCUCAUUCGGCCCCAAUGUUCCUCGGAUAGUUCUGAACGCCAAAGCUUGACCAUUGAAACCGAUAGCCAUAGUUCCCAGCACAGUGGAUUUGUUCCCAGUGAAUAUGACCAUGCUAUACCUCGAUAUCGACAAGAAAAGGUCAGGUCCAAAGACGUCACCACUUCAUGGUACACAUAUCGCACUCUAGGCUCGCUUGCAUCCCCCCCCGACUUUCCUUAUAAUCAUUCGGGACUGAAGCACAACGACAUUUUCCUGCAUAUCAAUGAGGAUAGGAGAGCGAAACUGAAUGGUGCUAUGCAGCUUUCUGAGCUUUUGAAUACCCUCUGUAAUGCUGAGGAGGCAUGGCACGAAGAAACAGGACGCAGGACGGACUACAUGUCUCGACUUUGCCACUCGACUGAGGAAGAACGAAGAGCUAUGUCGCAGCUCACCAUUGAUGCGAAUAAUUUCUUAUCGUACGUUGAUUCGAUCGCAGAGGGUUACAGAGGAACUUUUGCUUCUCUUCACCAAAAAUGUCGGUCGUCCGGAAUUCGCCUUGCACAAGAUACACUUCGGAAUGCCAGUAUUCUACGUGAAGUGAACUCUAAAUCAUACCAGCUUCAGGAACAGCUGCUGGAAGACAUGUUUCUCAGAAAAUCACUUACUGAGCAAGUCGAAUUUGCGCACUCCAAAGAAAUAAGUUCACCGAAGGCAAAGAUGAAGGAAAACGGAGCACAAAUAGUUUUGAUUAUGGCACGCUUUCAAGAAGUGCUCAAGGUCUUGGCCACCAAUCUCGGCAUCGACCCUUCGUCUCGAUAUUCAAUGCAACCUUUGGUCGUUCGCCAUCAAGUUCCGGAAGUGUCAGCUUCUUGCGCAUCUGCAUGCUCCAUCGAACGUCAGAUGGAGUGGAAUAUUGUCCAGCCGAGAACCUCCCAGCCACGCAUGCUCGAAAGCCGAGACUGGGAUCACUCCGAAGACGCAAGUGAUCAUACCUACAUUGACGUUAAGGAAGGGGAAGAUUUGACAUCGAAGUUCCUGGAAAUGAAGAAAGAAAAACUCAGAAUGGUCUUGAAUUCUGUGGAGUACUUGAGGAUUGACGGCCAGAAACUGGUUUCACAAGUAGAAAAGGCGAACGAGAGAUUACAAGUUCUCCGAGACUCCCAUAGAGAGCGUUUGGAUGUUUUGAAUGAUUACGCUGAGAACUUGAUUGAACGAACGGAACAAAAGCUGAACGUUCUACAGAUACAACCUCCUGAUCAAACAACUGAUAAUGUUGUCCUCGAGUUUGGCCAAGCCCACACCACAGAAUACCUUGGCGAACUUUGGACGAUUGCGCUUCGUGCUCUCACUUCACGUUCUUCGAAGGAUGCAAGAAAAAUGCAAAGCAAGGAAGAAGAUCGUGUCGUCAGCUCUCAUUCGGAGGACUCUGAGUUCCAUUCUUCCUUUUUGACAGGAAUUGGAGUCAAGUUUGUAGAACCUUGUCUGACCAAGAGACCUCAAUCGAAACCAAAUGCGAAUGGGCAAUUAGAGUGUGUUUCGACAAAGGCUAUCAGGAGUACUUUGUCCAUCUCUGUACACACUCCGAUUGAAGAGAUAGUUGGACAGGAUACAUCUUCAUUAACGGACCCUCUAGGAGCUUCUGUUGAAUGCACAACUCCUGGAGCUCUUGACUCAAGUUGCAAUCUUUCUACAUCGGUGUUUCCACCUCUCGUGGUCUGGAAGGCCGAAGAGCCUAUACACUCAAGCCGAUGUGUUAUAUCUUCCACCCCGGAGUGUCCAAAUGAACAAGCGGAGGGCUCUCUCGAAGUUACUGAUCAUAACGAAGAGCAUCAUGCUCGUGUAGUGGCCCUCAACAACAUUGCAUAUUCCUGGACUACCCUCCUCUCCUCCGCGGCAAAUGUUUCUGCUCCUCCUACCACCGUUCAUCUGAUCAGCGACAUAACUGUCCGUCUGAACGACAUUACUGUCCGUCUGAAUGACAUUGCUGUCCGUCUGAACGACAUCACUGUCCGUCUCAGGAACAUUGUAGAAGAUACCUCAUAUCCUCAACUGUAA